AUAUACUUAGAUCCGGCCAGGCCUGCUGCACAGACAGUGAUCAGUUGGAGGAACGCUUGGAAAAAACAUGGCUUAAAAUGAAACAGGCUUAGGAUUUGAGUCACUUUCUCUAAGGAAGCUGUUUUCUUGGUGGGAGAAUUAACCAUGAAAGAUUUACCAUACAUUCCACUUCUCCCGAUCUUCACUUUGGCGGCACUGGGCUUGACUGAAAGACUCCCCAAAGCUCCUUUCAUCACCACUCCUCUCGAGACACUGGAUGGAUUGGUGGAAGAUGUUGCCACUUUCAUGUGCGCAGUUGAUUCGAAUCCCUCAUCGGAGAUUACAUGGACAAGGAACAACAUUCCUAUCAGGAUGUUUGACACGCGUUACGGCAUUCGGGAAAACGGCCAGCUCCUGACCAUUCUGAGUGUAGAAGAAAGUGACGAUGGCGAGUACUGCUGUGUGGCUAAAAAUGGAGUAGGAGCCCCAGCAGAAAGUUGUGGGGCUUUGCAAGUGAAAAUGAAGCCGAAAAUAACCCGUCCGCCAAUUAAUGUAAAACUUAUUGAGGGAGUAAAGGCUGUUCUUCCGUGCAAUACAUUGGGAAAUCCUAAACCUUUUGUUUCAUGGCUAAAAGGAGAAAACACUGUAAAGGAAAAUGCUCGUAUAGCUAUUCUGGACUCCGGAAGCUUAAGGAUUCAGAGAGUGCAAAGGGAAGAUGUUGGGCACUAUCGAUGUGUAGCAAAAAACAGUCUGGGAACAGCAUAUUCAAAACCAGCAUUGCUAGAGGUGGAAGUGGUUGCCCGGAUCCUUAAGGCUCCUGAGUCACAGAAUGUAACAUUUGGGGCAGAAGUAUUUCUACAGUGUACAGCCUCUGGCCUUCCAGUUCCUUCCAUCCGAUGGUUUGAGAAUGGAAAACCCGUUCUGUCUGAAUUGGUGGAAGACAAUAUCAAAGAUGGAGUAAUUUACUCAAAGUUGCACGUAAUUGCCACCAGACCUGGACUGUUCACUUGUAUGGCCGAUAACAAACAUAGCGGAAGUUUUGGCACUGCAAAAGCCGCAGCAACAAUCAGUAUAUCAGAAUGGAGGUUGUAUAAAGGGGAUGGUGGCUACUGCAGUACAUACAGAGGGGACAUUUGUAGUUCAAUACUUGCAAAGGAUUCCUUGGUAUUCUUUAAUUCAUCUAACUCUGAACCAGAGGAGAGCCAAGAGAUGCUUGCCCAAACAACCUGGAAUGAACUUAGAACUGUAAGCUCCUUCUGUCGCCCUGCUGCCGAAGCUUUUCUGUGCAACUAUUUCUUCCAAGAGUGUAACCCUACUGGAGAAGGGCCAGCUCCCAAACCAAUGUGCAGAGAACACUGCGUUGCAGUAAAAGAUCUAUACUGCUUUAAAGACUGGCUCUCCAUGGAGGAAAACUCUCGUAAAGGAAUUUAUAAGCAUGGAUUAAUGUUACUUGCACUUCCCGACUGCAAUAAACUUCCAAGCGCACAAAACAACCCAAAAGUUUGCACUCAAAUUCCAUUUUUUGAACUGCGUAAAGAGAAUAUUACAAGAACAUGUUACAAGGGAAAUGGAAGACAUUACCAAGGAAAUAUGAAUACAACAGCAUCUGGUAUUCCUUGCCAGAAAUGGAGUCAACAGCUGCCUCAUUUGCAUAGACGUUUACCUGAAAUUUUCCCAGAGCUGUCCAAUUCUGAAAAUUUUUGUAGAAACCCCGGUGGAGAGAGUGAACGUCCUUGGUGCUACACAACAGAUCCGAAUGUCCGAUGGGAAUACUGCAAUGUGCCAUUAUGUGGAACAAGUGCUGCAAAUUUUCCUGUAACAACUAAAACUGCUUUUGGACCGCCAAUCAUGCCGUCUACAUCUUCAUCAUUCUCUCCAGCACACUCCAUGACUGUUAUCAUAUCUACAAUUUCCAGUUGUGCUGCUAUGGCAUUAGUGUUAAUUGUAGCCCUAGUUUGUUACCGUAGGCAGAAAAAGUUGAAAAACAAAAACAGGGAGGCUGCAGCACCCACCCUCACAGCUCUCCCAUCAGAGCUACUGCUGGACAGACUGCACCCAAAUCCUAUGUACCAGCGAAUGCCUCUUCUGCUGAACCAUAAGCUUUUAAGCCUUGAGUAUCCCAGGAACAACAUUGAAUAUGUUAGAGACAUAGGAGAAGGAGCCUUCGGAAGAGUAUUUCAAGCCAGAGCUCCAGGACUGCUGUCGUAUGAGCCGUUUACCAUGGUAGCUGUGAAAAUGCUGAAAGAAGAAGCUUCUGCAGAUAUGCAGGCAGAUUUUCAGAGAGAAGCAGCUCUUAUGGCAGAAUUUGAUCAUCCCAAUAUUGUAAAGCUUCUAGGUGUCUGUGCUGUUGGAAAACCAAUGUGUCUUCUGUUUGAAUACAUGGCCCAUGGAGAUUUAAAUGAGUACCUGCGACAUAGAUCUCCCCGCGCCUUAAGUAGUCUAAGUCUCAGCAGUCUUGCCGCCAAAGUCAGAUUAAGUGACUUAAAUCCAUCUCCACUGUCAUGUACUGACCAGCUCUGCAUUGCUCGGCAAGUGGCUGCAGGCAUGGCUUAUCUCUCCGAAAGAAAAUUUGUUCAUCGCGAUUUGGCCACGAGAAAUUGCUUGGUUAGUGAGAAUACGGUGGUUAAAAUAGCUGAUUUUGGCCUCUCUAGAAAUAUAUAUUCAGCUGAUUACUAUAAAGCAAAUGAAAAUGAUGCCAUUCCAAUCCGUUGGAUGCCCCCAGAGUCUAUUUUUUAUAAUCGCUAUACCACCGAGUCAGAUGUUUGGGCCUAUGGCGUGGUAUUGUGGGAGAUAUUCUCAUAUGGCAUGCAACCAUACUAUGGCAUGGCUCAUGAAGAAGUCAUUUACUACGUUAGAGAUGGAAACAUUUUGUCAUGUCCAGAAAACUGUCCACUGGAGUUGUACAAUCUAAUGCGACUCUGCUGGAGUAAAAUGCCAUCUGAUAGGCCAAGUUUUGCUUGUAUCUAUCGCAUUCUGGAACGUAUGUAUGAGAGAGCUGUCGCUGCUGUUCAUGUGUGAAUAGGUGUGUCAUUGUGGGAUUAUCCUUCUCAUACAAAUGUAGAUCCUUCUUAGUACCAAAAAACAAGCAAGAGCCGAAACCAUUGUUGGUUUGCAGUCAAUCAAUGAGUUGGCUCCAGAUGAAAGUGUCCUUAUUGAAGGGUCAAGAAGAAAACACCUAAAAUCAGAGAUGAUUGCAUUUACAUGGCGUAAUAUAUGAACUGAAAUUCAUGUCUGAGGGUCAACACCGUUCCCAUCUGAGACUUGAGUUGUACCAUGGAGUUUUUUUCUGAGAGUAUAUAUAUAAAAGAAUAUAUAAUAUAUAUAUAUAUAUAUGUAGUUUCUAAAAUCAAAUCAAAUUUAUCUGAAUAGUCAUAGACUGUGAGCCAGGUGCCCAUCAGAGCAUCUCAGUUUAAAGGCCCACUCUCCAAAUGAUUUUUCCUCCAUCUUUAUUCUCCUACUCUCUUCUCUUUAUAUACUACCAUCUGUUUUUCUUUAGAUACAAUUUGUUCAUAUACCAUGAUCAUAGUAUAAGGAGGGUGAGCUGGAGGGCUCAUUGACAUACUCUCCGGUAGUUUUCCUGAUUCGCUUUUUCUUUUGUAAAUAAUCAGGAUAUCAGGUCAUGAAGAAGUUCCUUUAAAGGACUCUUAUGUUACACUAAAACUGCAGGCUGAGUCCUCAUCUCAGCUUAGCUAGAGAAAGCGAAUAAUUAUGUAAUGGUCACUAAAUACAGCAGACAAAAAUGAAUGUGCAGUGCCGUGGCCUUUACACAGUUUAAUGUAUUCAAGCUCAGAGUGGAGUACAGCAGUUUUGUUACAUUAAACACUAGCAGGAUCAAAGCUUGGACAUAAGUGUGAUUAUACAUAGCUGAGGUGUAUUUCUUAUAGUGGAUGAGUAAUGUUAGAACUUGUCUUGGACAUAAAAAUAAAAACAUUUCUUACAGUAUCAUUGCAAAUACAAUAUAACUCUACUACAAAACUUAAAACAAAGGUACUUGUUCUUCUUUGUGUUUUUAUUACAAGAAAUGAGCAAGUAGCACCAAAAUUAUUUUCUUAUGACAUAUUUGGAAAAUUAUAGCUCGGACAGAAUAUAUUCCUGGUGUUACUGGCCCUAUAUAUAGUAUAAUUCUAUAACUGUGCCUCGGCUUCCAUUUUUUACUAACUGGCAAAGCAAAAUGAGCAGAAGUCUUUGGAACAGCCAGUUUAAGGGCAUAGACACAUGCAAUCUCCCCAUACUGCCUUCCCGCCGGCUAGAAUGUAAAUCGACGGCACUAGGAAAGCUUUGUUUUCCAAAGUCGCCGAAGUUGCCUCACGAGGAAACUUCUGGAAGUAGAAGCGAAUGCCAUCCCACCUGCGAUUUACAUUUUAGCUGGCGGGAAGGCAGUUUGGGGAGAUUAGUCGCCCGAAGAAGAAGCGAUUUGUCACUGGGCAACUAAUCCAAUGAAAUAGCAGCUUGUGUCUCUGCCCUAAAGAUGCAAAAAGUGAUAGUUUUAAUCUAGUCACCCAUAUUGAGCUGUACUACUGAUUAUGAAACUGUUGUAGUUUGUGACCUAAAUCAGACCACCACUGCAAGUGUUUGGUAACGCUACAUUAUUCAUUCCUAUUGUUUUGUGCGUGUUUGUUUAUACAUUUUCUGACUGGUAUGUAAAUUAUGUUAUAACCAAGAACAAAAGAAACUGUUUCCUGUAUGUGUCCUCAUAUCUGCUCAGUUCUAUAAUAUGAUGGUAGAUAUUUAUAGCACAUCCAUUAUACAUGAAUACAUUGCAUUCAACUUCU